AUGGCCUCCCUGGGUCUGCAGCUCCUUGCUUUCAUCCUGGCCAUAUUUGGGAUCUCUGGAGUGCUCACGGCCACCCUGCUCCCCAACUGGAAAGUGAAUGUGUACAUGGGCUCCAACAUCUUGACUGCCAUUAUACAGCUGCAUGGGCUGUGGAUGGACUGCACGUGGUACAGCACUGGGAUGUUCAGCUGCAUGCUGAAGAACUCCAUCCUGUCCCUCCCCGUCCAUGUGCAGGCUGCGAGGGCCACCAUGGUCUUGGCUUGUGUUCUGUCUACCCUGGGGAUCUGCAUUUCCAUAGUAGGCAUGAAAUGCACUCACUUAGGCGGGGAUCAAGAAACUAAGAGUCAGGCUUCCUUUGCUGGAGGAGUCUGUUUCAUGUCCUCAGGGGUCUCUGGCUUAAUACCCACAGUGUGGUACACAAAAGAGAUCACAGCAAACUUUCUGGAUUUGACAGUUUCAGAGAACAAUAAAUACGAGCCUGGAGGAGCUAUUUAUAUAGGAUUUAUUUCAGCAAUCCUGCUGUUUAUCUCUGGCAUUCUUUUCUGCAUUUCCUAUACUAAAAAGAAUCCAGAAACUUGGCUAUCCCUUCCCAGACAGGAGCAGCCCUCUACCAAUCAGUUAGAAAACAAUUCUGCAUACAACCUGAAGGACUAUGUGUAACUAGGUACAUAACGCACAUGUAAUGAAGCUUUUGGCUGAUUGCCGGAACUUUAUUUUAGAUACAAGUAUCAGACUUAUGUUUGAUUUCCUCCACAAAGAAUGCAAAAUACUUUAAAACUACUAAGUAGUUCAAAAUAGAACAAAAUCACAUACAAUUACAUAUUUUAAGAUUGAUUUUUCCAUGAUUGCUUUCAUGUUUUACUUAAAGGUUUACAAUGGUAAGAAGUCCUGACUUGCAUUAGUAAGACAGCUGACAGCAUUUUUUUUCCUUUUUAAAAUAAC